AUGCCCCGGGGUAGAACAAAGAGGAGUUUGGUAACAUAAACGCCGAAAGAAGGAGGUGGAAAGAAGCAGCUCUGUCCCUUCCAGACCAUCUGCAGACUACUAAGUAAAGGAAGCGUACAAGACGCACAGGAUAAAUCGGUAUAUCCGUUCCCGGUGAGGCCGCGUCCAGAGUGCCAACAGCUCCCUCACCCAUUGCAAAACGCACAGCGCCAGAUGCCUUCCGCCUGACGGGAGGCCCCUGCCGCCGGAAGGACCCGCCUCCAGCUCAGCGGCGCCCCGCCCUUACUACAGCCCCCGCCAGGGGCACUGCCGGCCGGGGCCGCCGCGCCGCGAGGGGGCGCUAGGGCCGCAACCCGAGCCGCCGCCGCCGCCGGUGGCUCCCCGGGCCGCGCUGGGCCGAGGCUAUCCGCGAGCAUGUGGGGGGUCCGUGCGGUGGCCGAUGCGAGUCUGCCGUGCUGCCGUGCGCUGCGCAGCUCCGCUGCCCUGGCCGGCUCCAGGAACCUGCUAAAGAAGAUGCUCCACAAAAAGAAGUACGUGCUGUGGCGGCUGGCGUGGUGAGGCAGUCCUGAGUUGGGCGGGCUUAUUCCGUGUGUUGCUCCCGGCUUAGGCGGGCUGCUCCUGCAGGACGGUGGUAAAGGUGCUUCCAUGUGCUUAGUGAUUUUGAGCCGUGCGGGAAGGUUCGUGUUUUUCUUUAUCCUCUUCCUCCAUUCCUCCCUGCCCCACCUCUCUGGUAAACUUCCGUGGAUGACUAUUGCUGACUGCGUGUCACUCCAAUGUGUAAAUACCGUGUGGGAUGCUGGGAGCUGGUGGGAAUGGAACCAGCAGCGCUGGAAGAAGUUUUGGUAUGACAGCCCUACACUGGGAUCUAAAAUGAUAUAUGGGCCAACCAAGUUGGCCACUGUAAAGAAAGCUGACCAGACAAAAACUAGAAAAGAAGAUACCAUACGCUGCAAAGUCUUGAAUGGUCUUAUUCAUAAAGCUGUGACGGAGAUGAUGAGUAGCUGUGAAAUUAAUAAAGAGAUUUACGACCUCAAGCUGGAAAUCUGCAAGGUGUCCCUGGCAUCAAACUUCUCAGCAUGUCGUGUGUACUGGAAUCCUGCUUCUACUACAGAAAAGGAUAAUUAUGUUGAAGGUGUACUGCAGAAGAGUGCUCCACGUAUACGGUAUCUUCUGAUGAGUCAGCAAAUUCUGGGAAAUGUACCCCCAGUAGUAUUUGUAAAAGACAAAGAAGCUGCAGCUGUAAAAGAGAUUGAGGAAUUAUUGGCUGUUGCUGAUUUUGGACCUCAAGAAGAAGAAAUAUCUCAAAAUGAUUCCAGUGAAUCAUUCUCUUCAGCAACUCAGUCUUCAGAUUCACCUAUCCGGUCUAAUCUUUUUGGUAUUGAUCAUGAACUGCUGAAUAAGCAGAUAAUGGACUACAAAAGACUGAAACUGUCAAGAGUUACAGAAAAUGUUCCUUGGACACAAAACCAGGAGCAGCAGCUGUCUAAGAUUCAAAAGAAAAUGAAAAAGAAAAAACCAAAUAAUAGCCCUGAUGAUGACAUUACACCACAGAAAUACUUACUGGACAGAUAUGAAGCUGAUUAUUUCGAUGAUGACACUGAAUCAAUCUCAGACUAUGAGCUGGAGGAUGAAUUACAGGAGGUAGAUGAAUUAGAGACAAAUGAUGGCAAAACUCAAAGUCAGCCUACCAUUAAACUGAAAUGAGGUGGAAAAAGUUGGUCCCUCUAAAACUGAGAAUGCCAACGGCACAAAAAAGACUGUCACAGCUACUGAAAGAUUAGUUUUGUACCUCCUGUUUACAACUUCCUGUGUCAAACUUGCAGGUCUGCCACACAUGGUGUACUAGUAUGUUAGAAAAAUGAAAAUACUGUUUGUAACAAACUGUUAAGCAGUCUUAAAGCAGCUGUAGUUGUAGGAAUUUCAGCUAGAGAGCAGUUUUCUAAUAACCAAACAUACGUAGUGCAGCAGUGUGAGCUAAAUCUUCUUGCAGUUUUGUUAUUUCCAAUAAAAUUAUUGUUUCUGUGCUGAAAUAUUUUUUUAAAAAUAGUCUGGAUAAUCACUAAGUGAUGCUAACUGUUAUUCUAGGGUCAGGAAGGAAGAAGAAAAAGAAAUGAUGGUAGUGUUCAAAGAACAGCCUUUAGCAUAUGAAGUCCAGAGCAGGGUGCUCUCUAGAGGCCCUAAUCUAAUGGCCAGGCUUGUUCCCCAAAAAGUUGAACCCCGCUGAGGUUAUGGCUAAUAAAGUAAAACCUUGGAAGAAAAUAAAUUUAUUUAUGUUAAUAUUCAGAAGUUCACAGUUGUGGAAAGAGAAUUUUAACCAGAAAAUAAUGGAGAACUCAUCUGUUGUGAAAAAUUGGGCAAAGCAUUGUCCAUGGCCAAAAAAAAUGGAUUGAAAUCUCAAAGGUGGAAAAAAAGCAGCAAGGAGGAUUGCCCCAGUAAAUUCUAAGAUUUGGAAAUGGAUAAGAAAACAUAAAAAGUGAAAAUAAAAUUCUCUGGCUAAAAGCAAUUACAAAAUAGUAGCACAAGUGUGUGAAGACAGAACGGUUGAAGCUUCAAAAUAAGUUAGAACUAACAAGGUAGUAAAAAAGAAUUCUACCUGAAAUAAGAAAUGUUUAAUUCUAUUAGUUAAUGGGGGAGUAAAGAAAGACAGUGCAGAGAAGGCUGCACUACAGUACGUUACUUUAAUUUUUCAAAAAGAUUUGAAAGUCAGUGAAUAUAAGCUCCAGAAUGUUUUAAAAAUUCUAAAGACUUCUAGGUUGAAGAAAGAAGUCCAGCUCAGAAAAGAAAAUUAAAAUCUAUUUGUAGGGUAUUAGUAAUUCCCUUGAAGCAUAUUCUGAUGACUGAUGUCCUGUAAGAUCAUGGGCUGUGAACGCCUGCAAGAUAUUCCUAUAAGAUAUUUAGAGCUUGUAUUGAAUGAAGGUUGAGGUCUUAGAAAUGUAUGCAUCACUUCAAGACAUACAUUGAAGCUGUAGUACUAUCCUUACUUGAAGUGAGUGAAUAAUCCCACUAAUUUUACCAUGCCUUGUUCUUGGUUUCUUGGACUUCUCCCUAAAUUCCGUAGGAGAGACAUGCUUUGAAGGAGAUACUACAGUUUGUUUUCCAGUGAGUGAUGGUAUUUAUCAUAUCAGAAACCCUUCAGGUGCAGUAUCACAGUUGUUCAAACCUAACUGUGAAUUUGUUGCAACUUGGAAACAAAGCACUUAAUGUUUUGAAUGAAGGAUAAGGGCCUCUUAAUUCAUGGAAUCGUAGAAUAACAGAAUGGCUUGAGUUAGAAGGAACCUUAAAGAUCCCUUGUCAUGGGCAGUUGCCCACCCACUAUAACAGGCUGCCCAGGGAUCCAUCCAACUUAGCCUUGAUUGCCUCCAGGAACAGGGCAUUCACAACUUCUCUAGGCAGCACGUUUCAAUGCCUGUGAGUAAAUAAUUUCUUCCUAACAUCUAAUCUAAUUCCCCCCUUGUAGCAAUUGGAAAGAUCAACACGAUGGAAAAGGUGUUAUAAAAGGGGUGUAACAACAGAAGGACCAGCAUAGUAGAAGGGUGCUAUAAAGGAAGAAGAUUGCUCAUCCAUCUCUGAAGAUCUAGGUUUGCAGAGGAAAGCUCCACCAGGAGGAAUCUCCAGAAAGAGAUCCUCCCAGAGCGGCAGUCAGCCCUUAAAUGAGGUCUAAGAGAGGUGGAGCCUGGCUUCACCCCUUCCGGUUGCACAGGUGAAUUGCCUUCACCUGUGCUUCCAGGGCUGACUGGGUCUUUUCCCCAGGUACUCAAUGAGUGGUUCAGGCUGUGACUCAACAGUUCCCAUACACCCCUUUUAGUUUAAAACUGUUCCCCUCUGUCCUGUCACUACCUGACUAUGUAAGAAGUCACUUUCCCUCCUGAUUAUAAGCUUAUUUUAAGCGGUCAAAGGCUAGAGCCUUUUCUUCUCCGGGCUGAACUAGCCCAGCUCCACUGGCCUGUUUUCAUAGGAGACAUGCUCCAGCCCUCUGAUCAUCUUGGUGGCCUUCUCUGGACCCACUCCAACAGUUUUACAUCUUUUGGUACCUGCUAAUGAAUUAGUUUUUAUAUUGGUACUUAAUUUGGUACUUGUUAAGGGGAUCCACAAAUUGUGUAUUUUAGUUUCUGCUUUAUAAAAUGAGGGAAUGACUUAACUCCGCCUAAUAAAGUAAAACAAGCAA